AUGAACUCAAAGAAGAGACCCUUAUUGGUGAAAACCCUUAAUGAUGAUGAUCUCCAAAGAGCACCACCAACAAUUCCAUUGUCUCUGUCUUUUUAUGAUUUAAAAAUUGAUGAUUUUUCAGACGAAUACGACCACAACAACAACAAUAGCAUCUAUUCAAUUUCUUUGCUUUCUCCUCCCUUGAAAACGUUGCAUUCAAUUUUAAAUAUUUCAUCUCCAGAAGAACCUCUUUCAAAUAUUCCGAGAGUGUCCAUAAGUUUGCAAAAUAUUUCUCAAAAUUCCAUCCCCUCGAAUAGUGGUGAAUCAAACGAGGGAAGUUAUUUACUUCGGGAUGAAAUUUUUGGAUUUGAAGAAAUGGUGGUUUUUGCUCCAAUGGCAAAGAAAUAUUCAAAUAUUUAUUUUAAUCUUGAGCUUGGAAAGUUAGAUGCCAAUCGUGAUGAAAAUCAAUACUCUGAGUUCUAUCAUCACCUGGAUGAUUUUUCUUCAUUCAUUCAUAAUUACCAACAUAUUAAUUAUUUAAAUUUAAGUCAUUGUAGAAUAUCCGAUGACAAUGUUAGUAUUCUUUUAUGUUUGAAAGACUGUCGAUUGGUGAGAAAGUUGAAUCUCUCUCAUAACGAACUGGGAUGCUCUUCUUUGAAAUAUUUAAGUGAAAAGUUAUUGACUAAAGAAGUGAUGAAUGGAAACUUGGAAGAAUUAUUAUUGUCUCACAAUUUAAUUGGAAACCUCGGACUGGUCUCUCUCAGCAAAUGGAUAUCACAUAACACCACUCUAAGAACCCUCUCUCUCAAUGAAAAUAAUUUUGAUUUUUUGGGAUUUAAGGCACUUUGCUAUGGCAUGAUCUUAAAUAAUACCAUUACUACUCUUGAUGUAUCAAACAACAAUCUCAAGAGAUGUCAUAUUUUAAUGAGUCAGCUUUUGCAAUUAUGUAAACAACUCCAAAAUAUUUCAUUUAAAAACACUUUCAUUUAUGAUCCAUCCUUUGAGUUAGAUCUGAAACGUUCGAAUGUGAUAUAUUUAGAUGUUGAAGGUAAUAAUUUAGGAGAUUACAUCGUAAUGAAAAUGCUUUCAUCCAUGAAUUAUUCCAUUCAUAGCCUCAUUCUGAAAGGAAACAAAAUUACUGACAAAUCUACUGACUGUUUGAUCAAGCUAUUGAAACUCAACAGCGAAAUGUCACUUCUCGAUGUAAGAGAUAAUUUAUUGAGUGUAUCAUCGAGUGAGAUCUUGAAACAAGCAAAAACACAAUUAUCAUCGAACACAACAUUGUUAUUGGAUGCAAUCACUUUAGAAAAACAAACCUUACCUCAAAAAGAUUGCGUGGAUGGAAACACAACAGAAACACCCUCUCAUGGCCCAACAUUGGCUUGCAACGUGAAGGAAGAUACUGUUCUAACAACCACGAAUACAUCUUUAAUGGACAAUUCACAAUUGCCAUUGAACCCACCACCUCAUGACCAGACAAGUGAGCCCCCAGCUGUGUGUUCACAGGUUAGACCUUCCACAGAAGAAGAGUCGGAUAUUGUAAAUGCAUUUUUGAAAGACUUUGAACCUCAACCACAAAAGCAACCGAGGAAUGAUCAACAUAUGAAAGACCACCAACAAAAAACAUCACUUUCACCUCAACCUGUUGAGAAUGAUGAACCAAUCGAUGUGUUGAGUAAGGAUCGUCGAGGAGUGUCCCAGGUUGUAAUGAAUCUGUCAAACUUUCAAACACCACAUACAGAAGAGCCAUCAAUGACACGAUUUUCAAAAAAUCAUCACGUUGAUCUUUCUCAAUAUUCCAUUUCAAAGCUUAGAGGUCAAUAUGUGUCAAGCCCAUUAACGUUAUCACCCUCAUCAUCAUUGAACAAUCAUUCAACAUUGGCAGACUUGAUGAAAAACCUUUCACCUUUGAAAACUCGAGUAGCUCGACCUGAAAGAACACAAGAGAAUAUUCUCAAUAUUAACUAA